AUGUACUUCCUCAUGUACUGCAAGCCCCCUGGCUUUUUAAAACAAGAUUAUACAAGCCCUCCAAGCCCUCCACGCCCUCCGAGAACCCUUCACCAAGGGAUUGAUCGACCCGACGGCAAAAUCUACGUUAUCGAUGCAGAGACUGAUUGUGGAAUUUGGGAUAUCACAGAGUAUCAUUCAAUAUCUAGGAUCUCUUUGGGAUUUGUGUUCCGCGCUCGCUUUCGAGACGAUCCUAAGCCUAUACGACUCAUUUUUUGUCCGUUGCGAAUCGACGCUACAGGCCUUCAUCAAGCCGAUCGAGAACGCCUUCAAGCGUGUGUUGAUAGUAUGAAACUAUUGGUACCAAAAGAAGCCUGGGAGAAACUGCGUGUGGACCCCGAAGAUGGUCUUAUUGUCUUUGGUGAAGAGGGUACGCCUAGCAAGAUUGUCUAG